AUGAUGGCGCGCAUCACGGACAAUGGCGCAAUCUCCGAGACGUUCGGAGUGGCCAACGGAGUGAAGCAGGGAUUCGUACUCGCGCCCACCCUCUUCAGUCUCAUGCUUAUGGAUGUCUACUGUGAUCAGCAUCCUAAGAUCCGCAUCAACUACAGAACUGACGGAUACCUUCUCAACAGCCGGCGAAUGCAGACCCCGACGCGCCUCUGCAUAACUACUAUGUACAAUUUGCUCUUCGAUGACUACUGCGCACUCAACAGCACGACCGAAGAAGACAUGCAACGGAGCAUGUAUCUCUUCGCCUCCGGCUGUGCCCACCUCGGACUGACCACCAAUACGGACAAGGCGGUGAUCAUGCAGCAACAGCCGUCGACCGCUAAACACUGUGUCCGUCGUAUCCGCAUCAACGGCACCGGACUGAAGUCCGUGGAUAACGUAACUACCUAG